GGCGGCGGCGGCGACGGACGGGCGGCGAUGCUUCUCUUCUGCCCGGCCUGCGGGAACGUGCUGGUGGCCGAAGAGGGCGCGCGCUGCCACCGCUUCGCCUGCACCACGUGCCCCUACGUGCGCAACGUCACGCGCAAGGUGACGAGCCGGCGUUACCCGAAGCUGAAGGAGGUGGACGACGUGCUGGGCGGGGCCGCGGCCUGGGAGAACGUCGACUCCACCGCAGAGCCGUGCCCCAAGUGCGAGCACCCGCGCGCCUACUUCAUGCAGCUGCAGACGCGCUCGGCCGACGAGCCCAUGACCACCUUCUACAAGUGCUGCAGCGCCCGCUGCGGGCACCGGUGGCGGGACUGAGCCGCGGAGGCCCCGCGGGAGGACGGGCAGCGCAGCACCAGCCCCCGCGGCGGCGAAGGCCAAGGCUUCCGGCUUCGGACGAUCCCCCUGCUCAGAGGUAGCUUCGCUGUCGGCCAGUCCAAUAAAGAUACUCGCACCGCA